AUGGAUGACAGUACUUGUUGUGAUCUUUCAAAUUAUGAAAUAUUGGCGGAGAUAGGUGAAGGCGCCUACGGGAAAGUGUACAAAGCUAGAGAGGUCCGUGAGCGACAAAGGCUGGUUGCUGUAAAAAAAUUGAACAUUGCUGCUGAUCCCGACACUGGAAUCCCUCAAUUCAUGAUCCGGGAGGUGGCGCUGUUACGGAAAAUAGAGCAUUUUCACCAUCCAAAUAUAGUGAAACUUCUGAAUGUGUCGGCUGGCGUGAGGAACCGCUCUCUGGACCUGACGCUGGUAUUCGAGUACAUCGAUCAAGAUCUCUCCACAUUUCUCUCUAUGGCGCCAGAGAACGGCUUGUCUCGAGAAAAAAUCAAAGACGUGACGCGGCAGUUGCUGCGAGGACUGGACUUUCUCCACACGAACAUGCUCGUGCAUCGAGACCUAAAGCCAGACAACGUGUUGGUGAGCAGCCGUGGCGAAGUGAAGAUUGCGGAUUUCGGACUGGCCAGGAUCUAUACCUAUAAUAUCGCCCUCACGCCAUGCGUGGUGACUCUAUGGUACAGGGCCCCAGAAGUGCUGCUCCACUGUGGGUAUAUGUCCUCAGUUGAUCUCUGGAGUGCAGGGUGCAUUUUCGCUGAGCUCUUCUUACUGAGGCCUCUAUUUCGCGGAUACACAGAAGCUCAGCAGCUACAGAAGAUCUUUGAGGUGAUUGGCUUACCCAAAGAAGAGGAGUGGCCCAGGGAAAGCCCCGUCUGUUACAACCCGGCCUGGGCCGCUCAGGGCUCCUCCGCUCAGCUGCAGGCUCGUCUGGGUCGAGAAGAGAACGACCUGCUUUUCCAAUGUUUGACAUUCAGUCCAGCCAGUCGCAUCUCAGCCUGCAAAGCUUUGUCCCACCCCUUCUUGGCAGAUCCCUAAGUGUUUCUGGCUAUUGGACAAGAAGUGAGAAAAGUGAAAAGAGUGGAAGAGAAUGGGCCAAUGAAGAAACUUAUAGAGGGCUACAGACAUCAACUGCAAGAUUUACCCUUUAACUUGUGCCAUCU